AUGAUGCAGCGCGCAGGUGCGAGAGUGCUCUUGGUCAUUGCAGUUGCCGCUGCACUGGCAUCCAGCCUGACAUCCUUGUGUCUUCUCCGCCAGGGUAUCGAGGUGAUCGCCGGGACUGAGUCGAAUGAUCUGGCGCGCAUGAACUUGCGUCGGAUUUUCUAUAUCAACUUGGAACGGCGUGCCCAGCGUCGUGCCAGGUUUGAGAAGCGAGCGCAGGAGCUAGGCUUGAUGGACCGGUUGUCCAGGUUUCCAGCAGUGGAUGGCCGACUUAUCGAUUUCGAGUCGUACCCACGAAGCGUCGUAACAGAGGCUGGAGUCAGCGCGGCAAGUGCGCCGCCGGCUGUGGUGAAUGGAGCUCAUCUAACCCCCGGCGCUUUAGGCCUCAUCUUGUCCUACCACACUUUGUUGCAGCGCAUCGCUGCAGAUCAGGAAGAGGAAAGCGUGUAUGUCGUUGCGGAAGACGAUGCUGUGCUCGAAGACAACUUUGUCAGCAGCUUGGGGCUUUGCUUGCAUGCGCUGCACGACGAAGACAGCAGGUGGGACUUUCUGCAUCUGGGCUACUACGACGAUGACUGUUCCCUCGCGCCGCUUAGAGGACCUGCAAAUCGACUUCUCUGUCAACCAAUUCAGGUUUAUGGACUCUUUGGUGCUGCAUUGCGGCCACGUGGUGCAGCGCAGCUUCUGAAGUAUCUCUUCCCGCUGGACGAGCAAAUAGAUUCCUCACUUGCGCGAGUGUACGACAAGUUGAAUGCAUACGCUGUGAGGACCCCCUUGAUGAGAGCACCGCACUCGACUCCUGGCAACACUGACAUCCAAAUCCUGCCCGAAGGCUAG